UAUGUUCCGCAAGAAAAAGAAGAAACGCCCUGAGAUUUCAGCCCCACAGAACUUCCAGCACCGUGUCCACACUUCCUUUGACCCCAAAGAAGGCAAGUUUGUGGGCCUCCCCCCACAAUGGCAGAACAUCCUGGACACUCUGCGGCGACCCAAGCCUGUGGUGGACCCUUCACGCAUCACGCGGGUACAGCUCCAGCCCAUGAAGACGGUGGUGCGGGGUAGCUCUGUGCCCACAGAUGGCUACAUCUUGGGGCUGCUUAAUGACAUCCAGAAGUUGUCGGUCAUCAGCUCCAAUACCCUGCGUGGCCGCAGCCCGACCAGCCGGAGGCGGGCACAGUCCCUGGGGUUGCUGGGGGAUGAACACUGGGCUGCUGACCCCGACAUGUACCUGCAGAGUCCCCAGUCAGAAAGCACUGACCCCCAUGGCCUCUACCUCAGUUGCAACGGGGACACCCCAGCAGGUCCCAGACAGAUGCCGUGGCCCGAGCCACAGAACCCACGGGUCCUGACCAAUGGUCUAGCCACGAAGGCACAGUCCCUGGGCCCUGCUGAGUUCCAGGGUGCCACGCAGCGCUGCCUGCAGCUGGGCACCUGCCUGCAGAGUUCCCCACCAGGCACCUCGCCCCCCACGGCCACCGGCAGGCGUGGGACCAAGGCUGUCAGGCAUGGCUCCGAAGAGCCUCGGCCACAGUCCUGCCUGGUGGGCUCAGCCACGGGCAGGCCCAGUGGGGAGGGCAGUCCCAGCCCGAAGACCCAGGAGAGCAGCCUUAAGCGCAGGCUCUUCCGAAGCAUGUUCCUGUUCACUCCGGGGACACCCACGGCGCCUCCAAGCAACAGCAAGCCAAGCCCUCCAGCACAGAGCAAGCCCAACUCCUGUUUCUCACCACCACAGAAAGACUGCCCCCCAAGCCUGGUGGCCAAGGCCCAGUCUUUGCCCUCGGACCAGCCUGUGGGGAACUUUAGCCCUCUGACCACCUCAGAUACCAGCAGCCCCCAGAAGUCCCUCCGCACAACCCCAGGCGCUGGCCUGCCUCCAGGCCGGUCUUCCCCAGCAGGCUCCCCCCGCACCCGGCAUGCCCAGAUCAGCACCAGCAACCUGUACCUGCCCCAGGAUCCUGCGGCCGCCAAGGGUGCCCUGGCUUGCGAGGACACAGGUGUUGUAACACAUGAGCAAUUCAAGGCUGCGCUCAGGAUGGUGGUGGACCAGGGCGACCCCCGGCUGCUGCUGGACAGCUACAUGAAGAUUGGUGAGGGCUCCACGGGCAUCGUCUGCCUGGCCCGGGAGAAGCACUCAGGCCGCCAGGUGGCUGUCAAGAUGAUGGACCUCAGGAAGCAGCAACGCCGGGAACUGCUCUUUAACGAGGUGGUGAUCAUGCGGGACUACCAGCACCUCAACGUGGUGGAGAUGUACAAGAGCUACCUGGUGGGCGAGGAGCUGUGGGUGCUUAUGGAGUUCCUGCAGGGCGGGGCCCUCACGGACAUCGUCUCCCAAGUCAGGCUGAACGAGGAGCAGAUUGCCACUGUGUGUGAGGCCGUGCUGCAGGCCCUGGCUUACCUGCAUGCUCAGGGUGUCAUCCACCGGGACAUCAAGAGCGACUCCAUCCUGCUCACCCUUGAUGGCAGGGUGAAGCUCUCCGACUUUGGAUUCUGUGCUCAGAUUAGCAAAGACGUCCCUAAGAGGAAGUCUUUGGUGGGAACCCCCUACUGGAUGGCUCCGGAAGUGAUCUCCAGGUCUCUGUAUGCUACUGAGGUGGAUAUCUGGUCUCUGGGCAUCAUGGUGAUUGAGAUGGUGGAUGGAGAGCCACCCUACUUCAGUGACUCUCCAGUGCAAGCCAUGAAGAGGCUCCGGGACAGCCCCCCGCCCAGGCUGAAAAACGCUCACAAGGUCUCCCCAGUGCUACGAGACUUCCUGGAACGGAUGCUGGUGCGAGACCCCCAGGAGAGAGCCACGGCCCAGGAGCUCCUGGAUCACCCCUUCCUGCUACAGACGGGGCUGCCUGAGUGCCUGGUGCCCCUGAUCCAUCUCUACCGAAAGCAGACUUCCACCUGCUGAGCCCAUCUCAGAAAUCCUGUUCUGGGGAUCCAGUUUUGGGGGUUCCAUCAUGUCAAGAGGAUGGGUACUCUACCUGUCCACCCAUCUACCCCUAGCUGCUUCCUCAGACACCUGUCUCCUUGUCCUCCUUCCCUCCCCACCUUCAGGGCUGCUAUGAGACAGGAAAUUCUAGGGAAGAACUUCAGGUGUUCAGACCCUAUCUAGAUAAUAUUUUUAGAUUCCUCUGCUCCCUACUGGCCUGCUUUGGGGCAAAACCUAGCAAGGACUUUUGUUUUUUAAGGAUCAGCAUUUUAAAAACAAAAGCAUCUUCCCUAGAAACUUUUGUGAAUUGUUUGCACUUGUGCCUGUUUUAAAUUAAACUGAGUGUUCAAAACC